AUGUCCUUCCGCAAGAGAAAUGCAGUAAUCUCUGCGUCUCCCUCCUCGCAAGCUGCUGCCCAGAAUCGAUCCGGAGCACAGCUUGCGCCGGGCCUACGCCCAUCGCCUCUGGAUGGUCGAAUUACAACUUCCACAGGGACUGCCUCUCUGGACGGGAUCCUUGCUGGCCACGCCGGUCUCCCACUUGGAUCGUCUCUUCUCAUAGAAGAACAAGGGACAACAGACUUCGCUGGCAAUCUUCUCAGGUACUAUGCUGCCGAGGGGCUCGUCCAGGGCCACCAGGUUCAUGUGCUGGGCUAUCCGGAAACCUGGAAGCACGAACUGCCAGCUGUGUCCACCAAGCAAGAAGGCACUUCUUCCAAGACAACAACCCAGACAGAUGACAAGAUGAAGAUUGCCUGGAGGUAUGAGAGCCUCGCCAGUAGGAACGCUCCCAAUCCCGCUGCGAAUGACGUAGACGGUUCCAAGGCUGUGUUCUGUCAUGCAUUCGACUUGACCAAGAGGCUGGCCCCGGCCUCCAUUCAAGGCACACUCUCCGCGACUCCAGCUUCCAAUCCUCAGGGUCUCUCGUUCGAAGCGAAGGAAUCACAAUCGCCAUUCAAAGUAUUUAUCAGAAACUUGCAGGGAAAGCUUCGGAACUCUCCGCCGUCGACGAUUCACCGAGCUGUCAUACCCAGCCUCCUAUCGCCCACGUUUUACUCCCCCGGGGCCUGUCAACCUGCUGAGGUGCUUCAGUUUCUGCACGCCUUGAGGGCCCUUAUGCGCCAGUAUUGUGGCAAUUUGACUGCCAUCAUCACACUGCCAAUUACGCUGUUUCCCCGAAGCAAUGGCGUGACGCGUUGGGUGGAACUCUUGUCUGACGGAGUCCUCGAGAUGAUACCGCUGCCACCAAAGCUUGGUGCCAAUCCACCGUCAUCCAGCAGUGAAUCGAAAGUCCAGGAGCAGAGUCAGGGCAUACUCAGGGUGCACAGCUUGCCAAUCUUCCAUGAAAAAGGUGGUGGUGGCGCCGAAAACAACCACUUCCGCGAGGAUCUCUCGUUCCAUUUGAGUGGCACCAAGGGCCUCGUUAUUCAGCCCUAUGUACUCCCUCCAAUGGAAGAGGAGGAUCACAAGGAGAAGUCACCAGCCAGCACCGUCAAAGACGGCAUCGACUUCUGA